GGAAGAAAUAUUUUCAACCAAAGCAAUAUUAACGUUCAACGGAUUUUUAAUAAAAUUAAUUUAAAUACAAAAUAUAAUACUUUUUCUAAUUACUCUAAAUUAAAAAUUAAAUAUAAAUGUUUUGUUUAAAAAAUUAGAAAGAAAUUUUUGGUUAAAAAAAUUAAAAGAAAAAAGACUAAAUUUUAAUGUGCGCGCGCAACGGCGCCCCCAUAUACAAAGAUUGGGAGUGUUAAAUUGUAAAAAGUGCAUUAAAGAUAAUAAAAUAAUAUAAAAAAUAAACAAAAACAAAUUUAUUUUCUAAAAAAGAAAAACAAAAUUAAAUAAUUUUGCAUACGAAAAAAAAAUCUUCAACAAAUUAAAUGCAACUCUGAACGCACAUUUUUCUUGUACAGGUUUUAUUUUUUGUUUUGAUUAAACAAUACGCCGCUAAGUAAUAUCGUGCCAAAAAGAGACAACUAUAUAAAUACAAGCAUAAGAAUUUGAAAACCAAAGCAACUUGUCAAAUAACAAGAAGCAGCACUCAAUUCGCCGUAAAUUAAGAAAAAAAUUGUAUGAUUAGACAAAGACAAAUAGAGUGUGAUUAAAAGACCAUUCGAAAAAAUAAAACAUGGCUGGAAGAGGUGGUUUUGAACAUCCUAGAAAUUAUGGAGACCGUGGUGGCAAGCAAUUGCCCUCUGAACCUCCAUACAUUGCCUAUGUUGGCAAUUUACCCCAAGGUCUUGUACAAGGUGAUGUUGUGAAAAUUUUCCAUGAAUUUGAAGUGAAAAACGUACGCUUGGUUAAGGAUCGUGAAACAGAUCAAUUUAAAGGUUUUUGCUAUGUAGAAUUCGAGACACUGGACAAUUUGGAACGGGCAUUGGAAUUUGAUGGACGUAUUAAAUUGGAUGAUAUUUCUGCGCCGUUAAGAAUUGACAUUGCUGAGCGCAAGAAAAAUGAUCGCAGCGGAGGCGGUGGUGGUUUCAAUAAACGUGGUCCCCCCCGACCAGGUGGUGGUCAUCAGCAAAACUUCAAUCGCGGUGGUGGAGGUAAUCGUGGUGGAGAUCGUGGUGGCGAUCGCGGUGGUGAUCGUGGCCAUGAUCGUGGUGAACGGGAUAAUAGAGGUUCGUACAAUGAUAAUCAUGGUGGUCACAAUGAUAGAAAUCGUGGAGGCGGCGGCGGUGGUAUGAAUAGAGGAUAUAAUGAUCGUCCCGCGAAUCGUGGUCGUUAUGGCAAUUUCAAUAACGAUGAUCGUUAUAAUGAUCGCAAUCAUCAUGAUCGUAAUCAUCGUGAGGGAAGCUUUGGUGGUCAAAGUCGAGAUGGCGGCAAUAAUGAACGCUAUAAUAGUUUUAGCAGGAAUCGUGGUGGUGAGCGUGAUCAACGUGGUGGUGGCAGUGGUUCCGGUAGCGGACAUUUCAAUCAUAAUGAUCGACCAUCAUCGGUGUCAACAUUAGGUAGUAUAGAUGACAGUGAAAGACCUCGACUUCAACUAAAACCCCGUACUGUAGAUGCUCCCAUCAAUGGGCUGGCGGAGACAAAGCAGGCUGCUGCUAUUUUCGGCGCCGCUAAACCACGCGAAGAAAAAUUCAAAGAUGAACCACAAAACAACAAUCCUGGUUCACCAAAAGAAGACAAUUGAAUGCAUUAAAUGAGUAAACAACAACACACAGAAAAAUAAUAAAAAAUACAAUAUAUAAAAAGUUUUUUUGAAGAGAGAAAAAAGAAAAUACCAAGAGGAUUUAUAUGCAAAGAGAUAUAUAUAUACACACGACGACGAGACGAGACUACUAAUUAAAGAACCAUAAACAAGAACCACUUUAUGCUAAAAAUAUAUGAAAGAGUUAAAAUACCAAAUAAAGCCGAGAAAAUACACAAGUUUUAAAAAUAGAGAUAAAAAGCAAUUGAGACGUGUAUAAGCAGAAUUUUGCUAAAAUUUUUUUUAUUAAAAAUAUAUUAAAGAAAUAUAUGACUUGAUUUAAAAAACAAACAAAAAAAUAUUUUUUAAGUAAACAAGGAAAAAAUAAACUUUUUAUUGAAGGUGAAAGAAAACAUAUUAAAAAAAAACGGAAACAAAAGAGUUUUAAUAAAAUAUAAAAGAAAUAAAAAGAGGACUUUUUUCAAAGCUUAAAUAACCUUAAAAAAGUGUGUAAGUGUUAAAUAAAAGAGAGCGGCAAAAUAAGGAUUUUUAAUAAAAUACUUUUUUUUUAAACAUAAAACUAAUUUAAAGAUAUUAUUUAAAAAUUAAAAAAAAAAAUAUUAUUACUACAGCAGCAGUAAAAAAACAACAGCAACAAGUUUAGCAUAAAGAGAAAAAAAGGCCCUUAACACACACUUUCUCUCUCUCUCUUAAUUAAACCAGCUCCUUACUCCUACUAAAGAAAGAUAACAAAUUUAAUUAAUAUAAUAAACAACAACAACAAAAACUACUUUUUAAUUAAACAUAACUUUAAAACAUAUACUUAUAUACUUGCAUUAUAUACAUACAUUAUAUACAAAACGAUUAAACAAAAAAAAA